AUCAACAAUCAUAUCGUGGUAGUCAAUUACAACCAUUAGCUGAUAUCUCCACUAAACAACAACAACCUCUCGGUUCAGAAUAUGAUUCAUCCACUAUUCUAAGACAAAAUGACAUGAUGCCAUCAUCACAGGUAUCAAGUUAUGAUUCACCCACUAUUUCAAGACAAAAUGACAUGAUGCCAUCAUCACAGGUAUCAAGUUAUGAUUCACCCACUAUUUCAAGACAAACUGACAUGAUGCCAUCAUCACAAUUACUCAGUUCAGACCAAUUUGUUCAACAACAAAAGCAACCAACAUUUUCAUCACGUUUUAGUCAAGAGCAGCUGCAGCCGUCUGCCAGUGAUUAUGUCAAGUAA